CACCUUCCGGCACGUGCCCUUCCUCCUACAAAGACUCAUGUCCACCCUCCUCUCCCUCUCUCUUCAAAAAAAAAAAAGGAAAAAAAAACGGAUAGAUACAUUCACCUACAACGAAGUUCCGCUAUGACAGCUUAGGGAAGCAUGUACCUCCACAAUCCAAUCUCCGUCGCUCCCUUUCCUCUUCCAGAUCAAGAUCAAGGGAUUCAAGACAGGCACCCACAACGAAACUCCGCUAUGCCAACAUAGAAAAGAGAUGAUCGCCUACAACAGAAUCCCCAGCGGCGGCGUCUCCACCCCAUCCCCUCCUCAGUCCCCUCUCCGCUCCCCUCGCCUUCGCCAUGGCGGCGGCAGCGGCAGACUGAAAGUCGGGCGAUUCCUGCCCGCCUCACAGCAGCCGCGGUCGUUUGCCCAGCGCUGGGCGUGGGGCCUACUAUCGUUCGUUCUCCGUCGCCAGGGCAUAUUCCUCUUCGCGCCCCUCAUAUACAUCUCCGGCAUGCUCCUCUACAUGGGCACUGUCUCACUCGACGUCGUCGUCCCUGAUGUCAUCUCCCGCCCUCCCGCUGGCUCCACCUACCGCAGCCCGCAGCUCUUUGCGAAGAUCCGGCCCGAUAUGGAUGCCGAUAACGCCUCCGCCGUGCUAGAAACUGUAUGGAAACAUCCUUAUAGAGGUGGUGAGUGGAGACCUUGUAUAAAUCAGAGUUCAGGAGGUUUGCCUGAUUCGAAUGGUUACAUAUAUAUUGAGGCAAAUGGAGGCUUGAACCAGCAACGUGCAUCGAUAUGCAAUGCCGUGGCUGUGGCAGGCUAUCUGAAUGCAACCCUUGUCAUCCCCAACUUCAAUUACCACAGCAUUUGGAGAGAUUCUAGCAAAUUCAAAGACAUCUUUGAUGAGGAUUAUUUCAUCAGUACCUUGAAAAAUGAUCUGCGGGUGGUUAGUAAACUGCCUAGUUAUAUAAUGGAAAGAUUUGAUCACAAUAUGAGCAACGUCCAUAACUUCAAAGUAAAGGCUUGGUCUCCUAUCAUGUAUUACAAGGAUACAGUUCUUCCAAGGCUACUUGAAGAACGGUUGAUACGGAUUUCCCCUUUUGCAAAUCGAUUGUCAUUUGAUGCUCCUCCAGCUGUUCAACGUCUUAGAUGCUUGGCCAAUUAUGAAGCACUAAGGUUUUCAAGUCCCAUAAAAACAAUUGCUGACAAAGUGGUUGAACGGAUGAAGGAACGGCGUGUAAAUAAUAAUGGGAAAUAUAUUGCCGUGCAUCUUCGCUUUGAAGAGGAUAUGGUUGCUUUCUCGUGCUGUGUAUUUGAUGGCGGGGAGGAAGAGAAACGUGACAUGGAUGCAGCAAGGGAGAGAGGUUGGAGAGGAAAGUUUACCAAGCCUGGUCGUGUUAUACGGCCUGGAGCAAAUAGGAUAAAUGGAAAGUGUCCGCUUACUCCCUUGGAGGUUGGUCUGAUGCUUAGGGGCAUGGGCUUUGGUAAUGAAACAUCCAUUUAUUUGGCAUCGGGAAAGAUUUACAGGUCAGAGCAAAAUAUGGCCCCUCUUCUUGAAAUGUUUCCCCUUUUACAAACUAAAGAGACUCUAGCAUCAGCUGAUGAACUUGCCCCAUUUAAGAAUCAUUCUUCCAGGAUGGCUGCUAUAGACUACACUGUUUGCCUUCAUAGUGAAGUGUUUGUGACAACUCAAGGUGGAAACUUCCCUCAGAUUCUGAUAGGCCACAGGAGAUUCUUGAAUGGUGGACAUUCCAAGACAAUUAGGCCCGACAAGAGAAAAUUAGCAGUACUUUUUGAUAAUCCAAAGAUCGGAUGGAAGAGCUUCAAGCGGCAAAUGUUAAGCAUGCGUGCACACAGUGAUGGCAAAGGGAUCGAGCUCAAAAGGCCGAGUGACUCCAUAUACACCUACCCCUGCCCGGACUGCAUGUGCCGCACAAACAGUUCAGAAGAUCUCAGAUCUGGGGCCGCUCUGUAAUCCUUUCAAAGGAGAUAUACUGGGGUUAUUUUUUACCAUCCCAUUAUUGGUGCCAGCCGGCCCAUUUUUGAAUUGGUGUCAUUCUUUCAUUUCGACGGCGGGAGCACUCCUUUCAAGUUUUUCGAGCCUCAUCAGCAGAUUUUGAGGGGGCACAUUGCCCCGAUUUUCGGCCAGGGAGAAUUGCAUCUCCCUUCUCUGUAUACAUUCUGGAAGAGAAGAAGAAAAGGAAGCUUCCGUCGUCGCCGGAAUUUGCCGGGCAUUAACAGAAAUUGCAAUGUACCUAACAUUUGGCUCAACACAAUCAAAUUCCUUCUCUUUUGGGAGCCAUCAGUUUCGGCAGGGCUUGUAUAUGAUCUUACACUCACCAGUUUUGUAUGCCUGUAGAACACACAUGAACAGAAACUAAUUUAUCACAAUCAGGAUACCAUUUUUUCCCC